AUGCGCUAUUUUGCAACGUUCUCGAUGGCUCCGAAUCACUUCAAGAUCCAGUCUCGGAUGCCCGACAAAAAGGGGCAGCUGAAGAAAUUCGGUAAAAUCCUUGGGAGAACUGUCUCCAGAUGGUACAAGAUUGAAUGGCAAGGACCGACGGCUGUUCUGUUGGCAUACAAGACCGCAGCAAUGACUGGUGCACCCAAGGUCAUCUCCCUGGAGAAUUGUUUCGUCAAGGCAUGCCAAGAGAAAGACACGAAAGCGGCAGAAGCAGGAUACUGUAUUGAGCUUGAAGUGAAACUGGAGAAUAGCAAGAAGAUCCACCAUUUCUUUGCCGAUAGCGAGAUAGAUAGAUCAGAAUGGGUGCAAGCAAUCAGGAAGUCGGCUGUGAAUUCCUCAAUUGACAACGGGUAUGAAAUCCAUCGCAACGAUAAGAACAGCAAGCUGGGCUCAGGGUCGUACUCUACUGUGUGGAAGUGUUAUGACCGCGAAUCGAGAAAGACUUGGGCUCUCAAGGAAAUGAUGAAGUCGAACGUGAAGAAGGAGGAAGAGGAGUAUUUGCGAGAAGAGGUUAAAAUCAGCACACUGGUAGGCUCUCACGACCACAUCGUCUACAUGAAGGAGUUCGUGGAGAACAAGGACAGGUAUUACAUCGUCCUGGAAUUUCUUUCUGGAGGAGAGUUGUUUGACCGCAUUGUGGACGCUGAGGGUGGACAUUUCACUGAGAAGGAUGCUGCUGGAAUCAUGUGCCAGCUGAUGGGAGCCCUCGCGUACUUGCACUCGAAGAAGAUUGCCCACAGAGACUUGAAGCCUGAGAACUUUCUUCUGGUCGAGCACACUUCCAUCCAAUCGGCUGUGGUCAAGAUAGCAGAUUUCGGUUUCGCCUGCCAUGCUGAGACCUCCAAUGGGUUGCACGGACUGUGCGGUUCUCCCGGGUAUGUGGCCCCUGAGAUCCUCAAGGAGGAAGGAGGCUAUGGGCUCCCGGUGGACAUGUGGAGCAUGGGCGUCAUUCUCUACAUCCUCCUUUCUGGAAUCCCCCCUUUCGCAGGAGAGAGCGAUGAAGAAAGCUUCGCGAUGACGAUCCGUGGGUACUAUGACAACUCGUGCUUGAACGAGGUGUCAAGUGCAGGUCAAGACCUUGUUGCUAAGAUGUUGACGUACAACCCCGCCAAGCGCAUCACCGCCGCGGAUUGCCUCAAGCAUCCUUGGUUGACGGGCUCGGCCGGCGACAAGGUCCUGGCUGUACAGGAGAACCUUCGCUCCUGGCGCGCUCGCAUGCGCUUCAAGAAGGCCAUCAUCGCCACCGUCGCCACCACCCGCCUUCACGCCAUUAUGCGUCGUGCGGCUCAGCGACCCGAUGCUAAGAGGGCAGAACCAGGUUGA